AUGGUUGCGCCACCACUGUUUAGACAUUUACCUCUCAGCCGACGAUAUCGGCCAAAGUCAAUACAGGUUCGCCGACAAUGGCUGCUAACCAACCCCCAGAAGCCACAAUUGGCCAGACAGCUACACAGCAUGCAAUGGGCUGCACCGCCGCUCAUUCUCACAGGACUUUUUCUGGCCUUGUGGAGUUGGAAAUGUAUGAUGAUGGUCUUGUUUCAAAACACCAUCAUAUACAAUCCGUUCAUGCCGCCGAAUGCAAGGAGCAUGAAGAUUGAAGACUUUAAAAAGCAAUGCCGAGGGACGCAAUGGAGAGAGGAGCGAAUACGCUCAUUGGAUGGCACUGAGAUAGCGUUAUGCAUAACUGAUGACCCCGCGCCUGCUGCUGGAGUUGACCCAAAGACACCCGUCUACAUUCUUUAUUUUCAAGGGAAUGCUUCGUCACUUCCUCCUCGACUUCCGGACUUAUCAUGGGUCAUUCGAACCCUUCGUGAAGGAAGUAAGACUGUGAGUUACACAAUGGUGUGUUUGAGUUAUCGCGGGUACUGGACCUCGCACGACCGGCCCUCGGAGACUGGCAUAAACAAGGACGCUGAGGCCGCUUUGCGUUGGAUAUCGUCAUUGCAUCACAGGCGAGACCCGGAAAAGCAAAUGCCCGACCCUGUCACAAUUCUAUAUGGGCAAAGCGUUGGGUGUGGCUUUGCAACGAAUCUGGCCGCAACUACCGAGACCAUGCUAAUUCACGGCCUGGUGCUUGAGACGCCGUUCGAGUCCACCCGUGCCAUGCUGAAAGCGCUGUAUCCGCAAAAAUGGCUUCCUUAUCAACAUUUGUGGCCUUUUUUGCGAAAUCAUCUUGACACCUGGACAAACAUGGGACUUAUCGCCUCGCGUUCCCCACCGCCUGGUUUUAGUGUUUCCAUUGUUGAAGCUGCCAAGGAUGAACUGGUACCUUCGGAGCAUGGUGAUCGCCUCUACAAACGGUGUCAAGAUGUUGGCAUUCCGGUUGAGCGGCAGAAGGUGCGUGGUGCCUAUCACAAUGAUGCCAUCGUCCGCAUGCAAGGCAAAACCACAGUUGUUCACUCCAUCGCCUCAGCCGUUGCAAGGGUUGCCCAAAAUGGUCCGCGGAAUGGCGGCAUUGUCACUAAAUGA